CUGACUACGUUGAGAUCCCUAUUCUGUUGCGGGCAAGAAGACAAUUCUCUGAAGCCGUCUUCUUCUUUUUAACUAGAAUCAAAUAAUUUUUGGCUGCCAUCCGAUGGAUAAAAACAAUAUUUGUGGCUCUGCUGAGGACAUUAUUGAGACUCCGAAUUUUGCCAACUGUAGCCUUCACCCUGAGACCCUUGAGAAGUGUCACGGUUUUCCUUUUCCAUACACAUCGCUAUCGGGGGAAAGGAAAAAUUUCAAGAGGGCGGCUAACAGGGGAAGGAAAGGCUCCCGAGUAUUGUUGAGUACAACUUAUCCUUUGAGGUCAUCUGAGAAUACUAGAAGGGUUCUUCGUUCUAGAUCAGUUGCAGAUAAGUCACCUAUUGACGCUGCGCAAACUCCAACUGAAAGAGCUGCGAAGAAGCCACUUUGCGACGAUGUGCACACUCUAGUAAAACCAUCUGGUAAAAGAACAAAGAGGGAUAGGCCAACAAAGACUGGUCCCAAUGAUGGGUUAUCAAAAAUUCGUAAUCAAAUUAGAAACAUUUCGAGUCGGAUGAACUAUCAGAAACAUUUUAUUGAAGUGUAUGCCAGCGAAGGCUGGAAAAAACAAAGUGUGAGCUGCAAUGUAGAAAUGUUAUUUACCCAUACUCAAACAUGCAGUUUGGAAAAGAUAAGGCCUGAGAAGGAGCUUGAACGAGCCAAGGCAGAUAUCAUGCGGUGCAAAUUAAGAAAACGAGAAGCUUUCCAGAAGCUUGAUAAUCUUCUAGCUGUGGGGAAACUUGAAAAAUCUUUGUUUGAUUAUGAAAGAAUGAUAUCUUCUGACCAUAUUGUUUGUGCCACUUGUAGAUUGCAAGGGCCUACAUCGAAUAAUGGCAUCAUUCUCUGUGACGGAGCCUGCGACAGAGGGUUCCACCAGAAUUGUCUAAACCCUCGUUUACUGACUAAAAAUAUCCCUGGAGCUGGAGAACGAUGGCUUUGCCCUGAAUGUGAUUGCAAGAUGAAAUGUAUGGAAUUAAUAAAUGAACUCCAGGGGACAAAUCUUUCCAUUAAUGACUCUUGGGAGAAAGUUUUUCCUGAGGCAGCUGCCCUGGCACACGGGCCUAUGCAAAAUGAUGUACCUGAUCUUCCAUCGGACGAUUCAGAAGACGAUGACUUCAACCCCAAUAUAUCCGAAGAACAUGUGGCUGGUCACGUGGAAGGACCAUCAGAAGAUGAUAUUUCAGACUCUGAUGACUCAAAUUUCAUCACCUCUUCUGACAAUUCAGAGCAUGUGAAGGAGAAAGAGAAAGUUGAUGUCCUUGAACUACCUUCGGACGACUCAGAGGAUGAGGACUAUGAUCCAGCAGGUCCAGAUUCAGAUAAAGAUAUCGAAGAGAAGCAAGAUGAGUCAAACUUCAUAUCGGACUCUGGUGAUUUCUGUGCUGAUAUUGCGAAGUCAUGUCUUGGGAAGAGUCUAUCGUUAUCUGAGGGACUGGACCAAGCUGUUCCCAGAUCUCUAGGGAGGGAAAAUGCAAGAGUUUCAGGAACUGAUCUGGGAGCGGCUGAGAAAACCAUUGAUGCUGGAGCCGGGCUGAUAUGUCGCAAUUGGUUUGAAGAUCAAAAUGCUGGAGAGGGGAUCUGGAAGAAUGCAGUGAGAAAGGCUGCUCAUGGUGGGAGGACCACUCUGGAGUAUCAACUACAGCACCCCGAGGAAGCUGACAGCAUUCACGUGGUCAACAUCGGGUGGGGGGCUCUGUCAGUUUAG